AUGAAGACGCUUGUUGGUUCAUCAUUUUUUUUGGUAAAUAGAUCAUUUAAUGGAUCAUUUAAUAGAGCUGUUUUAGCUUCUAGUUUCACUAAUAGAUCAUUUUCAUCAAGUUCGAAAUUAUUUGGAAUAUCAGAGAUCAAGACAUUAAGCGAGUUAAAUAAUAAGUUAAAGGAGAAUAAAGAAAAUUUGACAAUUGUUGACUUUUUUGCUAAGUGGUGCUCGCCAUGCAAAGCCAUUUCACCAGUGUUAGAAAAAUUUUCUGAAAAUUAUAAAAAUGAUAAAGUGUCGUUUUAUAAGGUUGACGUUGAUGAUUCGCAAGAUUUAGCUUUCGAAUUUGGGGUGACAGCCAUGCCAACAUUUGUUUUAUUCAAGAACAGUAAGCCUAUUGGAAAGAUUACAGGAGCUAAUCCCAGUAUGGUUAAAUCAGCUAUUGAGAAAUAUAAAUGA